AUGGCAGGUGAAUCCGUGUUGGCUUGGCUUCGGCCUUUCCUCCUCAUUGCCAAAACUCUCGGACUCUUUCCAGUGAAAAAUGUGCAUCGUGUGGGAUACGAAGGCAAGGGUGCUUUGAAGUUCAGAGCGUUGAGUGCGACGACGGUCUACAGCGUUCUAUUCUUGCCAUCCAUGAUGGGCUGCACCUUCGCCAUGAUUAUGAAGUCGAACUAUUUGGACCUGUCCUCAACGGUGGCGGACGAUAUCGCGACGAAAUGCAUGGUCGGGAUAAUGAUCGCCUCCUUCGCUGUCUCGUAUCUCGGGAUGUGGAUAAACGUGAGCAGGUAUCCAGCGUUCCUUAAACGCGUGCGGCGGAUGGAAGAGGAAAUUGACUUGAAUGACAAGGAGAGUCGACCCUUGAAGCGUGUUGGCGGCUUCAUGCUUUCUUCCUAUAUGGUCAUCUUCCUGAAUAUCGCCCUGGCGUGCUCUCUGAACUCCAUUUUCCAUGAUAAUUCGGUCAAAGAAACUGUUUUGUACGUGAUUGGAACAUUCUUUCUCUACGUACUCUUCGUGGCUUCUCUCACUCCGGAACUCAUCUUCGUUUACUUGUGUCAUGUCCUCCGCAUUUUCAGCGUUCACGUGCUCGAAGACCUGUCUAGGAAACUCAAAUCACACGUGGCUGCAAAGCGAGACGUACCUGCUUCGACCCUCACCCUCCCCCAGAAGAAAUUCCCAGCGAUCAUCGUUCCGGACACUGACUCUGAGAUCCAGAUCUGCGUGCAAAAGGCACGGGCCCUGUUCUUGGAGAUAUCGUCUCUCGCCGACUCCCUCAGCGGCCUCCACAGCCCGGGUCUCCUCCUAAUCUUCCUCUGCAACUCAGUGAUGGCGACAAUUAUGAUUUACCAGGGCGCUUCGGCCAUCCUUCGAGAGGACUGGGUAAUUUGCCUCAGUGGGUUCGGCAGUGGGAUCCUUUCGCUCUUCCGGAUGGGGCAUGUGGCGUUGGCUGCCGGGAACAUCGGUACGCAGACACAGGCGAAGCUGAAGGAGAUCACGGCCAGCAGCACCCAGUUGUCUGACCGCCUUUCCCAGCAGAUGAUCUUGUUCGAGUUGCAGAUGUCUUCCCAUCCGGUGCAGCUCACGGCUUCCGACUAUUUCACGCUCGGCAAGGGAAUCAUGACUUCCCGUGCUACUGCUCUUUCCAAGACAGACCCUUCACAGAAGAUGGCCGGUGAAUCCGUGUUGGCUUGGCUUCGGCCUUUCCUAUUCAUUGCCAAAAUUCUCGGGCUCUUCCCACUAGAAAACGUGCGCAGUGUGGGACACGAAAGUAAGGAUGCGUUGCAGUUCAGAGCGUUGAGCGCGGCGACGGUCUACAGCGUCCUCUUCUUGCCAUGCAUGAUGGGCUGCACCUUCGCCAUGCUCUUCAUAUCGAACUCCUUCGACCAGACUUCAACGGUGGCGGACGACAUCGCGACGAAAUGCACGGUCGUAAUGGCGAUCGCCUUCUUCAUCCUCUCGUAUCUCGGGAUGUGGAUUAACGCGAGCAGGUAUCCGGCGUUCCUCGAGCGCGUACGUCGAAUGGAGAUGCGAAUCGGCUUGGGUGCCGAAGAGGGUCGAUCCUUGAAGCGCGUUGGUUCUUAUAUGCUCUCUUUCCAUGUGGUCUUCUUCCUGAUUGUUGCCAUGACGGUCACUUUUCACAUCAUUUCCUAUGACAAUUCGGUCAUGAAAGACAUUAUGCACAUCGUGGGAAGCUUCCUUUUCUACGUUCUCCUUGUGGCUUCCCUCACUCCGGAACUGAUCUUCGUCUACUUGUGCCAUGUCCUCCGUAUUUACACUAUCCACGUGCUCGAAGAUUUGUCUAAGAAGCUCAAAUUACACCUGGUCGCAAAGCGUGACGUACCCGUGUUGACCCUCCCGGUCCCCCAGAAACAGAUCUCAACGACGAUCAUCCCGGACCCAGACUCCGAAAUCCAGAGCAGCGUGCAAGAGGCACGGGCCCUGUUCUUGGAGAUAUCGUCUCUGGCCGACUCCCUCAGCCGCCUCUACAGCCCUGGCCUCCUCCUGAUCUUCCUCUGCAACUCGGUGAUUGCGACAGUCACGCUCUACCACGGGGCUUCUGCCAUCCUUAGGAAGGAUUGGGUCGUCUGUCUUAAUGGGUUCGGCAGUGGGUUCGUUUCGCUCUUCCGCAUGGGACACGUCGCUGUGGCUGCCGGGAACAUCGGUACGGAGACGCAGGCGAAGCUGAAGGAGAUCUCCACGAUCAACAGCGCCCAGUCGCCCGGCAGGCCCUCCCCAGAGAUGAUCUUGUUCGAGUUGGAAGUGUCUUCCCAUCCGGUGAAGCUCACGGCUUCCGACUAUUUCACGCUCGACAAGGGAAUCAUGACUUCCGUCUUCGGAACGAUUGUCACGUAUUUGGUCGUCCUGCUGCAAUUCCGAAUCCAGGAAGUUAUGGACGUCGACCCAGCUAUGACUCUCAGCAACUCCAGCUCCCUUGCAUCUGUCUCAUCGAAUGUUCCAUAA